GAUUUCUGCCCAGCCAACACAUGUUGCACAGUUACCGUUUGUAUGCGCUCUACCUUCUAUCGAUGUGGUUGCAUUCUGUUUUAUUUGCUUGCUGAUUUUGAGCUCAUCUCAUGAAUGUGAGCUGGAAGAAGAUAUAAGGAAAUGAUGGCACAAGACAAAGUGUAGCUUGAGAAACUUGCUUUUGGUCUUUGAAAGAGAGGAAUAUGGAAGAGAUUGCAGCGCAAUAAGCACAUUUGCUGGAGCAAUAACAUCAUAAGAUUAUUGACCAACUGUUGAUCCGAAGACGGAGUAGAAUUCUGCCGUUGUGCUUCUCUCUUCAAACUUUGCUUCAAAGCAAAGAAAGGAAAUUGCCAGCAAAGGAUACUAUUGUUUGAGUAUUUAGUGUUGGAAAACUAGAGGAAACAAAACAACUUCGAGGAGCUUCCAAAGAACUACCAAAGACUUCCUUCACUAAUGGACAUUACAGAUGAAUUUUCUGAGUGAGCAAUACAACGUUUAAUCUCUCUUGUUCUAAAUGAACAUGUCCAAAAAGAAAGGCUUUCUCCCUAUCAAUCCGGCAUCCUCCUCUCUGAUGCGGUCGGCCUCAGCUGUCACCAGCGACAAGCCUGGACCUCCUGCUAAAGGAGCAUUCACCCCCUCAGAGGUGGACAAGGACAAACAAUGUAAGAAUCAGGAGCAGGCCUGUCCUGGUGUGGUCGAGGAGUUCUUCUGGAUAGGCAGCAGCAUCAUAGCCUUCUCCAAAUGGAGGCUUGGCUAUAUGGUGGAGAAAUGUAUGAGCUCCAUGCAGAUGGGGACACAGAUGGUGAAGCUCCGUGGUGGUUCCAAGGGACUGGUACGCUUCUUCUAUCUAGACGACCACAAGUCCUGCAUCCGCUGGAGGCCCUCACGCAAGAAUGAAAAGGCCAAGAUCUCCAUUGACUCCAUCCGUGAGGUGUGCGAGGGAAAGCAGUCUGAGAUCUUCCAGCGCUACGCAGAAGGCAGCUUUGACCCCAACUGCUGCUUCAGCCUUUAUUACGGCGAGCAUGUGGAGUCUCUGGACUUGGUGUCUGGCACUGGCGAAGAGGCACGGACCUGGAUCACUGGCCUCAAGUACCUAAUGGCUGGCAUCAGUGAUGAGGACAGUCUGGCCAAGAGGCAGCGCACACGGGACCAAUGGCUAAAGCAGACCUUCACUGAGGCUGAUAAGAACAGCGAUGGCAGCUUGAGCAUCAGCGAGGUCCUCCAGCUGCUGCACAAACUCAAUGUCAACCUGCCACGGCAGAAAGUCAAGCAAAUGUUUAAGGAGGCUGACACAGACGACAACCAGGGUACACUGGGCUUUGAAGAGUUCUGCUCCUUCUACAAGAUGAUGUCCACCCGUAGGGACCUGUACCUCCUCAUGCUCACCUACAGCAAUCACAAAGAUCAUCUGGACACAGAUGACCUGGCCCGCUUCUUGGAGACAGAACAGAAGAUGACCAAGUUCACCAAAGACCAUUGUCUGGAGAUUAUCAACAAAUUUGAGCCAUGCACUGAAAACCAGAAACAAGAGGUUUUGGGUAUCGAUGGUUUUACAAAUUACAUGCGCAGCCCAGCAGGAGACAUCUUCAACCCUGAACACUACAACGUGGUGCAGGACAUGAACCAACCGCUCUGCAACUACUUCAUUGCUUCAUCACAUAACACCUACCUGAUGGGAGACCAGCUCAUGUCCCAGUCCAGGGUUGACAUGUAUGCAUGGGUGCUGCAGGCUGGCUGUCGCUGUGUAGAAGUGGAUUGUUGGGAUGGUCAGGAUGGAGAACCCAUCGUCCACCAUGGCUACACCCUCACCUCCAAGAUCCUCUUCAAAGAUGUCAUCGAGACCAUCAACAAGUACGCCUUCGUGAAAAACGACUAUCCAGUCAUCCUAUCUAUAGAGAACCACUGCAGCGUUCCUCAACAAAAGAAGAUGGCCCAGUACCUGAUUGAGAUCCUGGGGGACAAAUUGGACCUGUCUAACAUCAAAGCAGACGAGUCAGGACGCCUGCCGUCACCGGAAACACUCAAGGGCAAGAUUCUCGUCAAGGGGAAAAAACUGCCUUCCAACAUUGAUGAGAACGCAGAGGAGGGAGAUGUGUCAGAUGAGGACAGUGCUGAUGAGAUGGAGGAUGACUGCAAGCUGAUGAAUGGAGAUUGGAAGACUUCAGCCAACAGGAAGCAGGUGGAGAACAUGGCCAAGAGGAAGCUGGAUAAUCUGAUGAAGGAGUCAAAGAUCCGGGACAGAGAGGACCCGGACAGCUUCACCAUCGCAGCCCUCCCUCCCGCUGCCAAGUCCUCAGACAAAACCGGCUCUAAGGGCAAAGGUGAUGAUGGGACAGACACAGCAGAUGACACUCAUCCCAGUGGAAACAAGCGCUCAAGCCGUUCCUUCAUUGGGAGCUUCUCUAAACGCAAGAAAAAGGCAACCAAGCUGAAGAAGACAUCAAGCUUUGAAGACACAGACACAGACCAAGAGAGCACCAGCAGUUCCUCUCGUGCCCCCUUACAUCACAGCAAAAAGAAGAAGACCAUGAAGCUGUCCAGAGCUUUGUCUGACCUGGUGAAAUACACAUGCUCUGUGGGCCUUUAUGACAUUGAUGCACAAGCCAACUGCAGCUGGCAAGUAUCAUCGUUGAGUGAGACCAAAGCCCACCAAGUGAUGCAACAGAAAGCUACCGCCUUCAUCCAGUUCAACCAGCGACAGCUCUCCCGCAUCUAUCCCUCGUCUUACCGCGUAGAUUCGUCAAACUUCAAUCCUCAGCCCUUCUGGAAUGCGGGCUGCCAGCUGGUUGCUCUCAACUACCAGUCAGAGGGCCGGGUCCUCCAGCUCAACAGAGCGAAGUUCUACAGCAACGGCAAUUGUGGCUACAUCCUUAAGCCUGCCUGCAUGUGUGAAGGUGCCUUUAACCCAAACCUGGAGGAUCCACUUCCAUGUCAGAUGAAGAAACAGCUGGUGUUGAAGAUCAUCAGUGGACAACAGCUGCCCAAACCCAAAGACUCAAUGCUGGGUGACAGAGGAGAGAUCAUUGAUCCCUUUGUGGAGGUGGAAAUCAUCGGUCUCCCAGUGGACUGCUCCAAGGAGCAGACCAGGGUAGUAGAUGACAAUGGGUUCAACCCAAUGUGGGAAGAGACUCUGGUGUUCACAGUCCACAUGCCGGAGCUGGCCCUGGUGCGAUUCCUCGUGUGGGACCAUGAUCCCAUUGGUCAGGACUUCAUCGGUCAGCGCACCAUUGCCUUCAACAGCAUGAUGCCAGGUUAUCGUCAUGUGUACUUGGAAGGUAUGGAGGAAGCUUCCAUUUUUGUUCAUGUCGCAGUGAAUGACAUCACUGGUAAGUGGACUCCUCUUUUUCCAAACGCUCCAUUUAGAGGCAGGAAAUUUUUAGGAGUCCUGAAGCUGCCACUCAGAACUCAGGCCAGAGCAGCCACCGGCAUAAAAGGGCUGUUUCACAGAAACCCAAAGCAGGCUUCCCUGGACAGCCAUGCUGCUGCACAGCACAGCCGUAAGCACCCAUUUGGUGCUCACCUCCUGCGCCGCACUGCCAGUGCACCCACCAAAGGCCAGCCCAAAAUUAAGAAAGGCUUCCCAGAGAUUGCCAUUGACACCAAAGACUACAGCUCGGAGGGUGCUAGUGAGGAGAGAGAGCCUGAGGACAGGGACAAGGCCUCUUCUGAUGCCUCUCACCAGCCCACAACACCACAACAUCGCAACGGGGACUCACUGGGAUCCCACCAAGCCAAGGGUCCCUGGGACCAUCCUGACACCAAUGGGGCUCUUCAUCCUGAGGAGGGCAAAGAUUGUUCCAGAGUGCAAAGAACAGUCCCCCACCUUCCAUUUCUUGCACUAAAAUCUGAAGACACCAGUAACAAACACUUGAGCUGCUCUGUCUCCACUCCAGAAGACACCUCGGCUUCACAUCAUUCUCCAUCCACACCACUGCAUUCACCACCCUUAGCAAUAAAUGUAAAAUCUUCAUUGUCAUCUUCUACUAAUGAGGCAAUGGAUAGUCCUGCCAAAAGAUACGUAGCUCCUCCCAGAAUCACACCAGUCCCUCCAACAUCCCCUGCUGAGCAAACUGUCCAAUCACAGUUCAGUAAUCAGAGCCUGGCCAACAGAAACAUCCAGAUACCCAUGGAGCAUGCACCAAACCAGACGGAAACCCAAGAAACUCUUGCAGACAGAAUAAAUGUUUCAACAGACUUAACAUCAGCACUCAGAGCAGAGCCACCAGCUAGUGCUGAAUCUGCUGGAGCACCUGCAGUUCAGUCAGUCCAGGCCAAGAGGGCAAUGUUUAGCAGUCCCCAAUCAAAGACACCAGUAAGAAGAACAAAAAGUGAAGGCUAUGUUCAUGCUCCUGUGGCCUCAGUUGGCCAAACCCAGUCAGCGAUACCACAGGUCUGCACAGAUGCUACUAUGAAUGACCAGCUUUGGAGCAAGCUGGAGCCUGGCAACCAUCGAGACAGCAUGUCCUCCUCCUCCAGCAUCUCCUCCAGUGACACAGUCAUUGACUUGUCCCUGCCAAACCUUGCAAGGAAGAGCCUGAGCAGCCUACCUUCAGCCAGCAGCACCUGUGAUCAGCCCUGGGGCAACUGCCGUCACUCAGCUUUAGUUCCUUGCAACACCAUGCGAGUCAACAAGAGCAAGUCCAACCCCAACCUUCCACAGAGCGAGUGUCCCAUACAUGAGCUUCAGUCCCGCCCGCUGCAGUCCCCUCAGGAAGCAUCUUUGGACUCGCUCAACACACUGACUCAAAGAAGGCACACCUGGAGCCGCCUGUUCAUGGAAGAGCUCAAGCAGUCAUCAGGUAGAAGUCGACCUUCCUCCACAGCUACAUCGGUGGCAGCUACAACCUGUAUGUCCAAAAGCCUUGGGGAUCUAACAUCUGACGACAUCUCCUGUAACUUUGAUAGCAAGUAUCGCAGCAUCAGCCGCAGCUUCAUUAUCAGGCCACACAGAGACCAGCUCCACAAGGGUGGCUUGCAGAAAACCAAGCCACCCUGCAACCUCACAGAGCAGCUCCGGAAGCUAACUGAUGUGGAGCCCCUAACUGCUAGCGACUUUGCUCCUGAAAACAAAGCUAAUGACCCUCAGGAGGAAUGUGUUGACGAGACCCUAGUGCGAAGGACAUCCUCAAGGAGCCAAAGCCGUGUGCGCUACAUUGCGAACAGAGCCAAGAAGGCACAGGAAAGGCAAAGGCUCCAGGGCCUGGUCCAAGGCAGAAGUGCAAGCUUUAGCCUAACUGGUAGCAUCAGCAGCGGAAGUAGCAGCAGCCCUAUUGAGGAGCGGGGGAACCCCGAAGGGGCGUGUUGCGUGGCCCGGAGUCCCUGUAACAGCCUAGACCUACUGAGUCAGCUUACCCCUCAAGGAACCCCCUCCCUUAGACAGCCCCAGUCAUCCCCAGACUCUGAAAACAGUGAGGUCUUUUUCAUGCUCAAACUCUAAGGGCUGGCUGACUUGGAAUUGAUCGUGAGAAACACAGCUAGAGACUUGUUUGGGAUAACGUCCAGUUUUUCAGAAAAAUCUGCAUAUCUUGCAAAAUAUCUCACUGAAAAAGAAUCACAACCCAGAUUACUUCAAGCUCUCAUAGAAAACUGUGUUCCACUAAAUUAGUAACACAUAAACAAUCUAUUCUGUAUUGUUACAUUGCACAAGAUCCAUUUUUGUAACUUUGAGGAAAUAUUGUCCUGACACUGGAGAGUGAUUGUUGUAAAGGCAACUUCUACAGCUCUGUCAUUUGUUUGCACCAAAUGUUAGAUAAAUGCCAGAAUGUAUUUAGUGAAAAUACCAGAUGUUUUUAUAUGUUUCUGUUAAAUGUGAUCUACAUUCAAGUCUUACUUUGCAAUGUUACAUGAGCAUACAGUAGCAAUAGAUCACAACUAGAGGAUAGGAUUUGAAAUGUUCCAUUCUUUUUAUUUACUCGAACUGUAUACUGUAGAUAUUUCUUGACUGAUUUUACUAAUUACGUUAAGGCGUUAUAAUACUAACUAGCCCAUCCAUCUACAAGCAAUAUUUUGAAAAUGAUGGCAUGGUGUCAUGUUGAAGAUAAUGUACAGCUUGAAGCUUAUCACUGAGGCUUGUCAAAUUUUUUUGUUGAAAAAAAUAGAAAGAUUCACUCCUAUGGUGCAGGAUUAAAGGUCGUAGUAUUCUCUAUACCUUUUUUUUUUUUUUUUUUUUUUUUUUGCAUUUUGAUCAAGCUGCCAAUAUUCUCCUGACCUGUAGCAUGUCACACAAUUUAGAUCCCGUACUUUAAAGCAGUGGCAGACUACUCCAUACCAAGUUUUACCCUUUUUAGUUGACUGCAUGUUCUUUUAUGCACUGUAAUAUUUAUCCUAAGGCUGUGCUUUAUUUUACAAAGAGUUUUUAUAUGAAGAUUUAUCAAUAUUCUAAAGCUCGUUUUUGAAUCGUCUGAUGGUCUCAAAAGCAUCAUGUCCGAAUGCUUGUGUUCUCAUUGGUCUGUGGUACUAAAACAAGAUGGAGAUGAUCUGUAUCAAAGCACGUUUAUUUGUCGACCUGCUGUAUUGUUUGCACUGCCAUGCCAGUUCUUUGUGCAAAAUUUUAGGGACAAUAUUUAAUUCAAAUCUUGUUGAAUUAUGACCUAAAUAAAUCUCAAAUCAAUAUUAAGUUAA